AUGGCGACCACUGAGGAGGUAGCAGCGACAACUUCUGCAACGGCAAAUGCCCCGUCAAUCGCCCCAAUCCCCGCCCCAAUGACACUCCCGCGUGUCCCCAUCCCACCCCGGGGCGUCGACUAUCGCGGUAAACUCGUCCUCGCGCCUAUGGUUCGCUCCGGUGAACUGCCUUCGCGCCUGCUCGCACUGCACUACGGCGCCGAUUUAGUGUGGGGCCCCGAAACAGUCGACCACUCCCUCAUCGGCGCCGUGCGCCGCGUCAACCCACGCACAAGCAUGAUCGAGUACACCCGCCAGCCCUCCCACUCCUACAGCCCAGCCAACACCCACAACGAAAACGGCAACAGCGUACCCGAAUCCGUCAUCUACCGCCUGGACCCCACCCGCGAAAAAGGCAAACUGAUCUUCCAGCUCGGCACCGCGGACGCCGCACGGGCCGUGGCCGCGGCGCGGUUCGUGGCGGGCGACGUGGCGGGGAUCGACGUCAACGCGGGCUGCCCGAAGCCGUUCAGUGUGUCGGGCGGCAUGGGCGCCGCGCUGCUGCGCACCCCCGAGAAGCUCGCCGGCAUCCUCGAGGCCCUCGUGCGCGACAUCACCCCGGCCUACGGCCUCGGCGUCAGCGUCAAGAUCCGCCUGCUCGAGACCGCCGCCGAGACGGAGGCGCUGGUGCGCCGCCUCGUGCGCACCGGUAUCACGGGCCUGACGGUCCAUUGCCGGACUACGCCCAUGCGCCCCCGGGAGCGCGCGAUUCGUGGGCAGCUGCGCAUGGUGCGGGAGGUGUGUCAUGAGGCGGGGGUGGCGUGUCUGAUGAAUGGGGAUGUGGAGAGCCGAGACCAGGCAGACGCGCUGGUGGAGGAGUUUGGGGUGGACGGGGCCAUGAUCGCGACGGCGGCGGAGAGGAACCCGAGCUGUUUCCGGAGCGGCGCCGAGGGGGGGUUGGCGACGUGGCAGGAGACGACGGAAAAGUACCUGCGGUACGCGAUGGAGGUGGAGAACAAGGUGGCCAACACCAAGUUCUUGCUGGCGCAGAUGGUGCCCGGCAAGGCGUCCGUGCACAGGGGCCUGCACAAGUGCCGGUCGUAUGUUGAGUACGUCGACACGCUCGGGCUUGAGGGGAUGAAGGAAAAGGCGCGGGAGACGGACCGGUUGCUGAAGCUGGGCGAGUUUGAGGUCCGCCCUGGGCCGAAGCAGAAGAAUAAGAAUAAGGGUCAACAACAACUAGAACAAAACGAUCAGGAGUCGAAGAAGCGGAAAAGGGAGGAGGUGAAGGAGGAGCCUGCUAAGAGGUUGGAGGUGGCGGAGCCGGAACUGGAGUCGGAGCAGGGGUUGGGGCCUGUUGCAGUGGCGGCGUCUGUUGCGGUCAAAUCGGAUACCUUAGGCGGUAGCACCAACGCGCCGCGGUCAUUCCGCCGGUGGAAGUCGACCAGCGCAAUCGCCGUCUUCUCAGGCAGCAAGCAGCAGCAUCUUGCCGCCCCUCCCCGCGAGGAACUUCUUGCUCAGGCCGGUGAACCAGCCCUCCCAGAAGGGCUGUGUCUUGCCCAGGUCGUUGUGGUUGCUCUGGGGGUCGGUUUUGUGCCGGGGAGGAGGACAGACGCAAACUCAGUCACUACCGCGCCGCCGAGGGAGUGGCCUACUAGGAUGAUGGGCGGUAGCGAGGGCCAGUGCAUGGCGGCUUGGGUGAGGGUCAGCACGGUGAGAAGGUCGGAUGCGAGAGUGGUGAGCGACAGAUCCGGCGUGUCGUCAUUCCCGGCGUCCCCUUCCCCCUCGCCAGGGACCUUGGACGAGGUGGUGGUUAACCCGUGCCCUCUCGCGUCGAGUGACAGGAUCCCCGCCCCGGGAAGACGUUUCCUGAUCUCGGCUCCUAGCACUGCAAAGGACAAGCCUGAACUGCCGGCGCCGUGGUGCGUGACGAACAGUGGCCCGCCGGGUUUGCCUGGCCCCGACGCAGGUGCCGGAGAAGUUAGGUAG